GGGGCCCCUGGGGGGCAGCUCGCGCAAGGCACCCCCAGGAUCAGGGUCGCGGCCCUCGGGUCGUCUUGCUGUGCCCCCCUGCCCGUCACCCAGGCACACAACAUAGGUAUAGGCAGGUGUGGCUUGGCGAUGCUCCUGUCAUGUGCGGGAUGCGACAAGCCGAUCAUGGACAAGUUUCUGUUCAACGUGCUGGACCGCGCCUGGCACGCGGACUGCGUACGCUGCUGCGAGUGCCGAAAUCCCCUGCAGGACAAGUGCUUCUCGAGGGAGGCCAAGCUCUUCUGCAGAAACGACUUUUUCAAGCGUUACGGCACAAAAUGCGGCGGCUGCGCUCAAGGCAUCAACCCGCAGGAUCUGGUGCGAAAGGCUCGCGACAAGGUCUUCCACCUGAACUGCUUCACGUGUCUCGUGUGCAGAAAACAAAUGAGCACGGGCGAGGAGUUGUACGUACUCGACGACAACACCUUCGUCUGCAAAGAAGACUACCUAUCGGGAAAGCCUUUGCCAAUCGGCCACCACAUGCACGGACGACACGGUGGCGACUCGUUAAUGGGUUCCGGCUCCGAGGACGAGGACGAUGAUGGCAGCGGGAUGGGUCACCAGCAUCCCGGCGGUGUUGGCGUGCCGCACCUCGGCAUCCACGGUAUGGGCCCGGGCGGCCCUGGGGAUCAGGUAGUCGGGCCCGGCGGCGAUUUGCCACUCGGCACCGAUCCCUGCAAACAGGAGGACUCCGAGGACCAAGGUAACGUCACCAUGUCUCGAUCACCCACAGGUGCGGGUGGACAGGGUAACCCAAACAACGGCAACAACGCAGGGGGCCCUGGUGGCCCUGGUUUUCCAGAGCCCCAUCAGAUGCAGCAAAAUGAAGGCCUCGUCUGGUAGACGAAAACACCAGCAGCCACAAGCCACGGCUCAAUAUUACUAUAUGAACGUCUCUUUUCGUUCUAGAGAUGUACACGUGCGUAAUUCUCUAUCCCUGAAAACGAUGGAGAAUAUAUUAUAAAUCCGUUUUUUUCAAGUCACGGGUCAUGCCCCUUGUUGGGCUUUUUACAGGGCAACGAUACGGGGUGGAGAUACGGAGCGAGAGAAAAAGGCUGUCAUAUACGACGAUGAAACGACAGCAUCGCCGCUGACUUUUUCUUUUCAUUCAUCAUUUCAUCGUCGUCGAGUGUAUGAUAGGCCGAAAGCAUUGCAAUCGCCAAUUAUUUUAUUAUUACUGUGCGUCAAAUUCUCGA